AUGGCAGACAACGACGGCUAUGUCUACAAACUAUACCGCUAUGUUCCUUCAAUCCCGGCUGCUGCGAUCAUGGCAGCGGUCUUUGGCCUACUGGCGAUGGCGUAUCUCUAUCGCAUUAUCAGACACAAGGCAUACUUCUUUGUCCCUUUCCUCAUCGGUCUUCUCUUUGAAGCAGCAGGUUACAUUGCUCGGAUCUUCUCCCACUUUGAUACCACCGCCCUGGGCCCAUAUAUCGUCCAGACCAUGUUGAUCCUCGUCGCUCCCCCAUUGUUCGCCGCCUCCAUCUACAUGACGCUCGGACGACUUAUCAUGGAGCUGGACGCGGAGCCUGCCUCACUGAUUCGGGUGCGGUGGCUGACCAAGAUAUUUGUCGUUGGAGACGUCAUUUCCUUUCUGCUGCAGUGCGGAGGGGGAGGAUAUAUGGCGGCGGGCACACUGGACGCCAUGGAGACGGGCGAGCACAUCGUCAUCGCCGGUCUAGCGAUCCAAUUACUCUGGUUCGGCUUCUUCAUCGUCGUCGCCUCGCUGUUCCACUGGCGCGUCGUCCGCGGGCCCAAGUACACCGUCUCCAAGGACCUCAAGUCCCAGUCCUCGGGGAUCUCCUGGCACACGCUCAUGGGGGCCCUCUACGCCGCCUGCGUGCUGAUCCUGAUCCGAUCCGUCUUCCGCGUGGUCGAGUUCGUCCAGGGCAACGCGGGCUUCAUCAUGAGCCACGAGUACCUCCUCUACGUCUUCGACGCGUUUUUGAUGGCGCUGACGGGGAUCGCGCUGGGGCUCGUCUUCCCGGGCUCGUUUAUCUCGCGACGGUCGCGAUGGGGGCGACGGAAUAUACCCGAGGAUGCUCUUGCUCUUGAUAGUCAGCUGUCCUAG